AUGUCAGUUGUGGACGCGGAAAUCAGAGCUUCGCUAGAGCGGCACAACAACAUAUUUGAGUCCUUGCUGAAGCUUAUUCCGGCCAAACACUACCUUGUCCAGGACCAAAAUGACGAGCAGAUAGCUUCGAAAUACCAGAAACAUAGCAAAAACCAAAAGGCAUCCAAGCAAGCGAUCAAAGAAGCCACGAAGAAAGCAAAGCGCGAUAAGCUUGACCCCGCCAACCAAAAGACCAUAAUUGAGAUACAGCAGGGGAAGCUUGACUCGUCUAGAACGGACAAGAAGGGGAAGAAGAGCAAACAACAACAACCUCGAGAGGAAGAUUCAGACGACGACGACGACGACGACGCCAUUCAUGUAGAUGUUGACGUAGAUGAGGAGGAGGAGGACCGAGAAACGAUGGAUAUCGACUCGGACGAAAAGAUAGUACCUAUGCCUCACAGCAGCGGCGUAUCCGAACUUCGAGAAAAACUGCACGCGAGGAUGGAACAGCUUAGACUCGGGCGGAGGGGGCAGGCGGCGAAUUGGGGGGGAGAGCCAGGAGAUAAGGACGAGCUACUGGAGGAGAGGAGACAGCAGCGAGCAGCGAUGAGGGAGCGGAGACGAAAAGAGACGAAGGAGAAAAUAAGGAGGCAGGAGGAGAUGAAGAAUAAGGGGGGCAAGGAGAAGAAAGAUGCCAAAGACUCCAAAACGCAGGGCAAUAUCACUAAGACACAAUUGCUUGUCCCCGACACAUCGGCGCGCGGUGCUCAAAAUGGACCUCAGUCAUCUCUGACGAAUAUCGCGUUCUCGUCAAUAUCUGGACCCUCUUCGGCCUCUUCGUCGAAGAAACUCGCACAUCUCAAAACAUCUUCGAAUCCUGCUCAAGCACUCGAACAGUUAACAGCAAGGAAAGAAAAGCUAGCGUCAUUACCGGAAGACAAGCGGAAGGAGAUACAGGAGCGGGAGAAGUGGCAGAAAGCGGAGGCACGGAUGGACGGUGUGAAGGUCAGGGACGAUGAGACGAGGCUAAAGAAGGCUGUAAAGAAAAAGGAGAAAGAAAAGCUCAAGAGCAAGAAAUCAUGGGAUGAGCGGAAGGAACAGCUUUCAAAUAAUUUGGCGGCCAAACAGAAGAAGCGUCAGGAUAACAUCGCUAUGCGGAACGAGCGACGGAGCGACAAGCGGAAGGGCGUUGGAAAGAAGGGCAAGGCGAGACCCGGUUUCGAAGGCAAAUCGUUCGGAAAGGGCGGCAAAGGGAAGCCCAGUGGGAAGAGCAAAUAA